AUGCCGAAGAACUGGAACCCAUUAGAAGUGAAACCCAUCAGAACUGGAACCCAACAGAACUGGAACCCACUGGAACCCAGAACUGGAACCCAACAGAACUGGAACCCAUUAGAACUGGAACCCAUUAGAACUGGAACCCAUCAGAACUCGAACCCAUUAGAAGUGAAACCCAUCAGAACUGGAACCCAACAGAACUGGAACCCAUUAGAAGUGAAACUCAUCAAAACUGGAACCCAUCAGAACUGGAACCCAACAGAACUGGAACCCAUAAGAAGUGAAACCCAUCAGAACUGGAACCCAACAGAACUGGAACCCAUUAGAACUGGAGCCCAUUAG